AUGGUGGGCUCAGGGGGAAGAGAGAGGAGCAAAGAGGCUGUUGGGAUGAUGGCCCUUCACAAGGCCCUUAGAAGCGUCUGCUUAAACACCGACUGGAUUUACUCUGUUUUCUGGACUAUUCGCCCUCGCCCGAGAGUUAGAGGUGGCAAUGGCUGCAAAGUUGGAGACGAUAAUGGCAGCUUAAUGUUGAUGUGGGAAGAUGGGUUCUGCAGAGAGUGUUUGGAUGAGAGAAUGAAUGGUGGUGAAGAAGACCCUGUCAGAAAAUCCUUCAGCAAAAUGUCCAUUCAGUUGUAUAAUUAUGGAGAAGGGUUGAUGGGAAAAGUAGCUUCUGAUAAAUGCCACAAAUGGGUGUUCAAAGAGCCAGAAGAAUGUGAACCAAACAUUUCCAACUAUUGGCAGAGCUCAUUUGAUGCUCUACCUCCAGAGUGGAAUGAACAGUUUGAAUCAGGGAUUCAGACUAUAGCUGUUAUUCAAGCUGGGCAUGGCCUUCUCCAACUUGGUUCCUGCAAGAUUAUACCAGAAGACCUGCAUUUUGUCCUGAGAAUGAGACACACAUUCGAGUCCUUGGGCUACCAAUCCGGGCUCUACCUGUCCCAGAUCUUCUCGUCAACCCGGCCCGCAAUGCCCAUCCGCCCACCCCCUCCCCUCUUCAAUUGGGCCUCGAGGCCCGUCUCCUCAAGCCCACCGAUGCUUGCACCCCCGGCCUUCCAAAGCCCGGCCCGGAUCCAGAUGGAGAGGCCCAUUAUGGCUGACCAUGAGAAUAAUGACAUCAAGUGGCCCAACGGGCUCUCUUUCUUCAGCGCCCUCACGGGCCGGGCCGAUGAGGCCAAGCUCUUGAGUUUAACGUUGCCCGAGCAAAUGGCGACCUCGAAUUCAGUGGGCCAUCGCGGGCCCAAUUCGGGGGAGUUUAUGAAUGAAGGAGGAUUGUACUCGGAUGUUAUGGAGACUUUCUUGGAGUGA